AUGAAGCUCACUCAGAUUACUCUGGCUCUGGCCGCUCUGCUGUCUACUACCGCUGCUCAAGGUCUGGGUGAUUUGCCCGAUUGCGCGAAAUCCUGCGCGACCAACUCAAUUCCUGCGAAUUGUGGCAUUGAUGUGGCCUGCAUUUGCAAGAGUGAUACUUUCCUGAGCGACAUUGCUUGCUGCGUGGCUGGCAAGUGCAGCCAGUCUGACCAGGAGACUACCCUCCAGGUAGCCAAGAAGAUCUGUGCCGCUGGCGGUGUGACUGGCCUCCCUAGUGCCGUCGUUUGCUCGAGCUCAAGCACUGGAUCUACUACCACCGCUACUGCGACUAACAAGACUGCAACCAGCACCACCCUGAGCGGCUCUAUGACCUCGACCUCGACCUCAACCUCGGGGUCAACCAUGACUGAGGCCUCAACCAAGGCCACUGCAGCUACUACUACUACUACUACUACUACUACCGGCUCGUCUUCUUCGGCGGCUUCUGCUGCUUCGUCUGCCGCUGCCACCACCGGCGCCGCGAUUAUUGGCCAGGCUAAGGAUUCCUCUCUGUUGGCUGCCGCAGGAGUCGCUGCCGCUUUCGCAAUGUUUGUUUAG